ACCAAACGAUAUUAUUCAAUACCAAAACUCCUUUUCAUCCCUAUUAUUAUUAUUAUUAUUGCACAAAGCCAUUCAUUCCUUCCUACUUCUUUCUCCCAAAACCCCAUCUUCAAACUUCUUUUUGCUGAUCAUUACUUCUUUUUUCUUAUAGACUGAUGGAUUCGCCAAAAGUAUACCUCAAUGGACUAAAAACUUCAGUGACUCUGAUUCUCAUAAUUUCUCUCACGUUAUUUCCUUCUAAUUCAGUAGGGUCAGCUUCAGCGAAAGAUGGUGGCAAGGUUCUGAAGCAAAAGAAAUUAGUAUUGGGGUCAAGGCCUCCAAAGUGUGUCAACAAGUGCUUGAGUUGCAAGCCAUGCAUGGCUGCUUUGGUUAUCUCUCCUCACCACAGGGAUGGUCACACUCACAAGGCAAAAACAGUUCAAAGAGACGAAGGCUACUAUCUUCUCUCAUGGAAAUGCAAAUGCGGUAACAAGUUCUUUCAGCCCUGAAAGUUGAUAAACAUAGCCUUUGGUCAGAUCGACACUCAGUGCCUAAGAUAUAUAGUGGCUUACCCAUAGUUUAUGCUUGAGCAAUUUCAGUGUACUUGGUGUCUAAUGCGUAAUAUGAACUAAAAUUGUCGAUCUUCAAUCAAUCCUCAUAUUAAAUUGACUAUAUAUAUAUAAAAGUUUAUUUCUUGAUUC